AUGCCUCCAGUAAAUUCAAAAGGGAAGAAGAACGGCACCGAAUAUGGGAAUAUUAUAACAACCAAAUGCACAGUUUUGGAUUUUGAACAGUACAUACAAGAGAACAAAACACUAUUACUGAAUGAUCCAUUACGGGAUAUACUUUUGUAUCCAUCAGAUGAUGUUUCUAGUGUAGUUCUCCCUCGGAGAUGGAGAACAGUGACAACAGCUGUCCCUGAUGUGAGAACAUCUGCAACAUGCCCUCUUCUUACUAGACAAGCUCUCCUUAGCUAUGCAUCCAGUUGGAACCUUGUUCAUUACAAAUAUAGUAAUUACUCAGGCUCUUAUCAUAAUUUGCCACGGCCCUUUGACACAAAGUUGCCGAUUGAAAUUUAUGAUCUUGAUACUGAAAUAGAAAAUGAACUUGAAGCUCAAAACAAAGUGGAUGUUGGAACAAAAGAGGGAUACCUUUACAAAGGACCAGAGAUUGGCUCAGAAAGGAUGUUCAGCAAUCUUGCUUCAAAAUCUUUUAAAAAACGAUAUUGCUCAAUGGUUAAAGAGGCUGACGGUACAUAUAUACUCGAAGUAUAUAAGGAUGAAAAGAAAACAGAUACAAAGCUCACAAUUGUCAUGGAUUUUUGUUCAGAAGUAAUUAGGAAUACAAAACGCGGUAGAUUUUGUUUUGAAUUGCGUAUGUCUGGGAACAAAGGAUACACAUUCGCAGCUGAAAAUGAGGAAGAAAUUAAGGAAUGGAUUAAUUGUUUCACUUCAGCGCUCAAGAAGAACCAAGAUCAGGGAAAUCAUCAAAAUGACGAAAUUUUAGAUAAAGAUGCGGACAUAUCCUUAACAGGCGAGCCCCCGCCUCCCAUAUACGGUACAUUGAAAGGCCUAGAACACAGUAUGAAUCCACUACUAAUGCGAUAUUCACGAGAAACUGACCUCUCAAUAGCGGCCGCGAGGAACGAAUGUCGCUCGAACAUAUUCAACUUGCCAUACAAGAGAUCGCCUUCACCCGAACCACAAUUGGAACCAUUCAAAGAACAUUUCGGUCAAAGAAUAUUACUGAAGUGCGAGAGUCUGAAAUUCAGAUUGCAAGCACCCAUAGAUGGUGACAAAGAGUUGUUAUGCCAAGUCGAACCUUAUUUUACUCACUUAGCAAUAUACGAUGCACGUAGCGGAAGGAAAGUGACGGAGAACUUUCAUUUUGAUCUCAAUCACGCGGCUGUUAAAGAUCUUAUAAAGGAAAAUGAGUGUACCAAGUCAUUGGUCGAGAACUUUAAGUAUGAUGUCAAGGUGGAUGUUAAACAAAUACCGGAGGAGUGGUUCAAUUCAAAGAAACAGGUCAUGUUAUCAGUGAACAACCCACACCCGGAUUUAUUUUUGGUUGUGAGGAUCGAUAAGAUUCUUCAAGGUCACGUAAGUCAAGUGCUGGAGCCCUACCAAAAAGCCACAAAAGACCCUCGAUUAGGGCUCAAAGUCCACAAAAAUGUGCAGGCCUAUGCAAAUCGUGUCGGGAAUUAUAGGAUGCCUUUUGCUUGGGCGGCAAAACCUUUGUUCAGAUUAUAUAGUAACGAUUUGGAUACAACGCCAGAAUUUCCUGCGAUAUACCGACAGGAGCCAAACAAAAUGUCCGAUGAUGACUUACUGAAAAUUCUGCAAGACUUUAGAAAACCAGAAAAAUUGGCGAAAUUGAAUGCGAUACCUGGGUGGCUGUCUAUUAGUAUCCUACCGUGUAUAGAACAAAUACCAAAUUGUAUGACGAGUUCCUAUGCUGCACUAAAGCCGUUUCCAUUGCCACCAACAUCGCCAUUAACGUUGGAGCUUUCUACAUACAAUUUCGAGCCUGAACAACCGUAUGCAGCAUACAUUCAUCACCUAUACGUCCGACCGUUAGCCCUGAAUUUUGAAUCUCAGAAAGUCUUCGUGCGAGCGCGGAAUAUUUCCUGCACAAUCGAAUUGAAGGACAGCGAUACGGGCGAUGUUAAAGCGUUACAGAUAAUUCACGGACGUAUAGGUAUGACAGACCAUUACAAGUGUUCAGUGUUACAUCAUAAUGCAAACCCGAACUGGUGCGAUGAGGCCAAGAUUCGACUCCCGACUACGUUAACUACCCAACAUCACUUGCUCUUCACGUUUCACCAUAUAUCCUGCGAUAUUGCUAAGAAAAAUGAUACCAAUGUGGAAACUUGUAUUGGUUAUGCCUGGGUGCCGUUGCUUAAAAACGACAAAUUUAUUGACGAAUUUGUGAACUUGCCAAUUGCAACACACUUGCCAUCUGGAUAUUUAUCUAUUCAUCCAUUGGGACUCGGAAAAGGGAACUCAGGCCCCGAAGUGGUAUGGGUUGAAGGUGAGAAGCAGCUCUUCCGUUGCCAACUUGUCCUCGACUCCACUGUGGAGACCAGAGACCCUCAUUUACAUACUCUAUUCAGUUCUAUAGAGAGAUUGAUAAAUACAUCUCCCCCCUCUAGUCCCAUUUCCCCUCAUGACGUCACAAAUGCUUUAAAAGCCGCACACGGGAUACAAUUAAGCUCUCUCGUAGCCUUCUUGCCGACUAUAUUAAAUCAACUGUUUGAACUUAUGACAGUUGAAAAGGGCUAUUCACGCGAUAUGGGCUAUCAAAUUGUAAAGCUAAUGAUACAAUUUGUUCAUAUGAUCCACGAAUAUGGACGAAAAGAUUUACUGGACAGUUAUAUAAAGUAUGUCUUCAACUGCGUAGAACUAAAGUUGCAUACAGUUUUAACUGCCCCAUUACACAUGUUCGUUGAUCCCACGCAGCAGGACUUUCUGCUGGGACACAAAUUCAUGCAAUAUUCAAGCUUUUUCUUCGAUGCUAUUGUGAAGAGUAUGGUGCAGUAUUUGAUUAAUACUGGAAGGAUAAAGAUGUCUCGCCACGAACGUUUUCACUCGGAAUUGUUGGAGAAUAUUGAUAGACUGGUCAGUACCGUGGAGCCAUCAUACAUAUUGCAACAACCGAUGCAAACACAUAUAUUCAACAAAAAUUUGGCUCUAUUCCUUAAGUCAUGUCUCUCAUUAAUGGAUCGCGGUUUCGUGUUCCGUCAAAUCAAAAAGUACCUAGAGAAGUUCAAGAGUUGCGAUCCAAAAGCGUUGUUCGACUUCAAGUUCACGUUUUUGCAAACGAUUUGUUCUCACGAACACUACGUACCGUUCAACUUGCCUCUGCUCGCUAACAAAAUUAUCAAGGAUUCUGAUGAAGAUCCCGCAAGGCUGAAAUUAACUGAAGAUUUUAUAAUGAGACACUUCUUGGCUGGUAUUCUUAUUAAACAUGUAGAGCAAUCACUCCGAGAAGCCCCGCAAAAGCGCCGUGUUGCGUUGAACGUGUUACGUAAUUUACUCACGAAACAUGAACACGACGAUCGGUACAACACAAGGCAGGCGAGAGCGAGGCUCGCACAACUCUAUGCGCCUUGGCUCACUAUUGUACUCGAUAAUGCCCACCGUUUGGUAACAAAAUGUCUAGCAAGUCCCAUAUUAGAAAAUGGUCACGAUAAAGUGGACGGAGAUGCGAGCGUAUACCCCGUAAUAAAUACGCAAAAGGAAAUCACCUCGGCGAACAGUACGCCACGAAGGAAUCGAUUGACCCUACAUUUUGAUCAUACGCCGGUCAGGAAUUCGGGUCACUUCAAAGAGCCACCCAAUAUUUCUAACAAUAUGUAUGGAAAAGAUAACGUAAAUAACAUAUCGCAUAGUUCACUAGAGUCAGUGUCGACAAUGUCGGGUGGGGACUCUCUACCAAGAAAUACACGACUGCAAUUGAGCGAACUUGGCGAUCAGGUUAACAGAUUCGGUGUGAUGUCCGCUGAAGAGGUACGGGAUGUGCUUCUGUGUUUCUUGUUUGUGUUGAAAUAUUUGGAUGAAGAUAGACUCGUAGAAUGGUGGAGGACGUAUACGCCAGCUCAGCAACAAUCGUUCUUUAACGUUUUAGAAAUAUGCGCUGAACAGUUUCAAUACGUGGGAAAGAAGAAGAUUUUAUCGGAAUUAAAAGUGACCACACCCGAUUGUAAUGACAAGUCGAAACCGAUGAAAGCUAGGACUUUACCGGCGAGAAUGAGCCCACCUGAUUUCUCUAAAGAACCACCUAUAAUAGUUGAGAAAAAUAAUACAGUUAAUAGAGAGAAUUUGGUUAAUACAACGGUGCCUACCGAACUGGAAGCAAUGUCGGAACUUGCAGUGGUAUCUGCCGGUUGCCUAGCAACCGAGGUGGGUCUCACUAUUAUAGACCGGGCUUGUCUCUUUAUGAAAAAUCUGGGAGCUGCAGAAGGACAAUCCAUCAAACCAUAUUUGAAACUUCUACAAUUGCCUCAAAGCGAAAAUCUUUAUAAACACCUCUUUGCUGGUUUAAGAGCAUAUAUUAAUCAGUUUUCGGAAACAUUGUUUGACGGGGGCAGCACACUUUGCGCGGGCAUAGUAAGUGCAGUAGUGAAGCUUUGUGAGGCAAGAGCGGCGUGGCUUCGUCGCGAGGCAGCCGCCGCUCUAUAUUUACUGAUGAGGGCUAACUUCCAACAUGCUACGGGUGGAAACCUUACUAGGGUUCACCUUCAGGUAAUUAUUGCGGUGUCUAAACUCCUAGACAACUCAACGGCACUGAACUGCAAACGUUUUCAAGAAUCUCUCUCGGUCAUCAACUGUUUUGCUACAGGGGAUAAGGCUAUGAAAGGAACAGGUCUUUCAAGCGAGGUGGCUGAACUAAUGCGUCGCGUACGCACAGUUGUUGGGGCAAGAGCUAGACUUGCUGGUGCUGCGGGAGGGGGAACAGGCGCAGGCAGCAUUCAACUAUCCGAGCUCCAAUUCGCCCUCGCUGCCUCUUGUCGUGCCACGCCCCGUUUACGUCACGCAUGGCUUGCGACACUUGCUGAUUUGCAUUCGAGGAAUGGCGAUCAUGAUGAGGCAAUGUGUUGCCAGCUCCACAUUGCAGCAUUAAUAGCAGAGUAUCUCAAACUACGCGGCGUACAAUAUUGGGGUGCUGAAACAUUCGAAGAUAUAUCUAAGAACAUUCCCACCGAUGAAACGGGACUCAAGAUUGAUGAAGGUAAGGAACUAUUUUAUUGUUAA